AGAAAAAAAAAACCAUUUUGACUUAAAAUGUUUAAACCAUUACUAAAAACCGUAUACAACAUUAAAUCAUAAUGUUUAAACCAAAAUUUCAAGCCAUAAAAAUUAACUUGCGGCAACUCCUACAGUCAUUGUCAUGCCACGAAGUUAACAUUCAUACCAAGACAAUUAUGUCACAACGAACCAAAUGACGGACUAUAUUAUUUUGGCGGUCGAGUGUUGCAAGUAUAAGUAAUUCGACAUUUUAAUCCGGUUAAGUAAGUCCGUUUGCAAACAGUUGUAUAUCUGUUGGUGGAGGGUGUUGACGUUGAAAAAAUGAGAGCUGUUACUAUAGUGGCGCUCCUGUGUGUCCUGUUUUACCGACAUUCGCUAGCUGCCGGGCCCAUUGGAACUUUCAUACAAACGAACGCUAUCGGAUUCCCUGUAUUGCAUGAACAUCAAACAUGGAUAUUUGAUCCGGACGUCGGGUUGAGGAGAAGGAGGGAAUUUAUCGAAUUAAAUGGAGAUAAAGGAGAGAAGUUAAUUGAAAGACUAGGGUUGGGCAUCGAUGGGUAUUCUGAAGAACGGCUUAGACAACAGAGGUUGCGGGAUCAAGGACAUUUGGGAGGAUUGAAUGCGCUAAGGCCAUAAUUUUUUUAUUGUUACAGAUGGUUUGGUUGUCUUGUGAUGUAAUACAAUAUUAUGCUAGUUAAGUGUCAUCACACUUUUAUAGAGCAUUUUUGAGAAAAAAGAAUAUUUUAGUCUGGAAAAUGCACGGCCAAACAAAAAUAUGUAUGCCUUCAAAUACCUAUUUAAAUUUUGUUUUUGUAAGAUCUAACUCAAUUAUGUGUAAUACUCGUACAUUUUCGUCAGAGUUGGUCACGCUCUGACGCAUAUCACCACAACACGACACUCAUCCGACCUAAAUUGUUACUUUUAAAAGAUUUUGUAUUUAAAAGAUAGGUAAAUUGGUAAAAUCUGGUGGCAAUAGAGUCUAAGUAAAAUAAAUAAUGUAAGUACAUUAAUAAAUUUAAUGGUUUAUACCAAAGAGAAAGGAAACGAAGAAUCACUAUUGAAACAAUAAA